AUGCCGUUUUACGAAGUAACGGUGAUCACGCGGAAUCUGGCCAAACCGGAUUUGGUCAAAACGUUGGUGCGAGCGGGGACGACGAUUCUGAAUCAAGGCGCCGUAAUCGAGAAGGUCGAAUCGCUGGGCCACCGCGACCUGGCGCACAGUCGGAUCACAAAACAGACCAAUGAGCGGGUGCACGCGUCGAAUAUGUUCCUCUUCUGGACGCACAUGUCACGGCAGAUGAAAGACACCGUUCUCGACACGCUGAAGCACGAUUUGGACACGCUGCACGUUGCCGUCGUUCCCCACGAGGCGAAGACGCCAGUGACCUGCAAUUUGGACGAGCUCCUGAAACCACCGCACGAACGCCAGGCCGUCAAGGAGCUGCGAGAAAAGCAAAAGAUGAGCCACUUCACGCGCCAGAUAAUCUUCAAGCGGACGGAAAAAGAAUGGAAGGCGAUUCCGAAGAGCUACCCCAUCCCGCCACCGCGAGAA